GGGGGGCGGCCGGUCCCGGUCCCGGUCCGGUCCGAUGCGGCGUCGGGGCGGGCAGGAUGCACCAGAAGCUGCUGCGGAGCGCUCACUACAUCGAGCUGGGGAGCUACCAGUACUGGCCGGUGCUGGUGCCCCGCGGCAUCCGCCUCUACACCUACGAGCAGAUCCCCGUCUUCCUCAAGGACAACCCCUACAUCACCGACGGCUACCGGGCCUACCUGCCCUCCCGGCUCUGCCUCAAGAGCCUCUUCAUCCUCUCCAACGAGACCGUCAACAUCUGGAGCCACCUGCUCGGCUUCCUCCUCUUCUUCACGCUGGGCAUCUACGACCUGACGGCCGUCCUGCCGGCCGCUGGCGCUUCCCGGGAGGAUUUCGUCAUCUGCUCCGUCUGCCUCUUCUGCUUCCAGGUCUGUAUGCUUUGCUCAGUAGGAUACCAUCUUUUCUGUUGUCACCGCUCAGAGAAGACCAGCCGACGAUGGAUGGCAUUAGAUUAUGCGGGAAUUUCCAUUGGUAUCCUGGGCUGCUACGUGUCAGGCGUGUUUUAUGCAUUUUAUUGCAAUAACUACUGGCGUCAGGUAUAUUUAAUCACUGUGCUGGCAAUGAUCUUGGCAGUAUUUUUUGCUCAGAUUCAUCCCAGUUACCUCACACAACAGUGGCACAGACUGCGCUCCAUCAUCUUUUGCUCAGUGUCUGGAUAUGGAAUUAUUCCUACCAUCCACUGGAUUUGGCUCAAUGGCGGCAUUGGUGCAUCUAUUGUACAGGAGUUUGCUCCGCGUGUAGUUGUCAUGUACUUCAUCGCUGCUGUAGCUUUUCUCUUCUAUAUUUCCAAAGUUCCAGAAAGAUACUUCCCAGGACAGUUGAACUACCUCGGCUCGAGUCACCAAGUGUGGCAUAUCCUGGCAGUGGUGAUGCUGUACUGGUGGCAUCAGUCCACGGUGUACAUCAUGCAAUAUCGACACAGCAAGCCCUGUCCUGAGUAUAGCGCAGACUUGUGAGCGAAGAGACACUGCGAUGAAACUUCUAACUUUUAGGGUCUGGACCUUACCUAAUGAGCUGAGCUAUGAAGUUAAACACUGAGGCAGAUCAUUUUCUGACUUCUGGACUGUUGCCCGCUUGCUGGGACAGUAUAUUAUUAUGAGUUUUCAAAAAACCAACAGCCUUGCCUGGGAUCUGAGAUGCAUUUCCUUCUCAGACAUUUCCUUUUCUGCAAUCAAGUACAAAACUGGUCUUCCUGGAGUGGGACAAUGGAAAGCUGAGCUGUAACAGUCAGCAUUCAGCUCACAGCGGUAUUGUUUUUGCUUGAUAAACGCGAACAACAAACACAAGAAAUUAACCUUGCUGAGCUGAUAGACUGAUAUACCUGGUUUUCAGGUUUUGUUCAAGUGCAUAAUUAAGAAACCGCUCCUGACAGUGUGCAUGUAAAACCAUGGUAACUGUGGGACCCCAUCUUGGAUCUAAAUCACAGCAGCACGGUGCGUCGCAUCCUUCAGAACCUUUGUCUGAAUGACGUGCUUGCGCUUCAGCAUCAGUAUGGUAACGUGUAAGAUGGAAUUCAGUGGGCUCUUGUACUGUUCUGGACAAGCUCUCUUCCUUUUUCUGACAGGUAAGGUCACAUGUCAUCCACAAUAGGUUUAUCUUCAUUUCAGAUCUUAAAACUUGUCUCUCCCAAUAUGUGUUAGUGGCAUUACUUCAAAGAAUUUCUCUACAUCUGUUCAGUAAUUCGUCAUUAGUAUUCAUCCAUAUUUCAGCAGUAGUGCUAAGCCUGUGUGUUUAAGUUUGUUACUGUCUUGCAAUCAGAGUUGCUAAGAAUUUUUUUAAGUUACACUUGUUUAACAGGAUGAAGUUAACACACCCCAAGUAGUGAACCUGCUGGGAUUCAAAAUUACUCAACUUUGGCCGUUUAACGUGUGAUGUAUUAUACUGUACUUGCAGACUUUGUAACUGAAAAUGACUUAGGCCAUAAGCUUUCUACAGUGAAAAGGCCGCCCUGGGUUUUAGAAUUUGUUGUGGAACUCUUUCUUAGAAACUCAACACUGGGGAGAGAAGGAAUUGGCAGGUUAGUAAAUAGCUGUAGCUCACUAUGAUUAAGCUCAAUGGGUGCCAUUUUUUCAAACAGGAUUGGAAUUACUUGGAUUUUUGGGUUAGAAUCAACAUUUUCAAGUGGCUUUUGUAUAGCAGCUGUGCUUGUGUUUACAGUUCAGCUGAGCAGUGGUAGCAAAUGCUGCUGCUUCACACAAUCAAGUGUCAGUCAACAUUAGCCAUUGGGAGAUUUCUCUAAUUGCCUCAAGAUGCUGUCCCAACUUAAUCCGAAGCCUUUAAAGUUUGGGAGCAGAGCUGUUGAAGGACACAAUUGCAUUGGCAGGGCUAGCAUUAGAAAGCGUGAGAUACCCUGACUGUUUCUGCUUUGACUACAGGCAGAAGUGUUCUGUUCUAGGAUUGCAAACUGUCCCAGCCGACCUUGCUACAACUCCCCUUGUUACCUGCAGCGUGGCCUUCCACAGUGUCCCAGCAUCUUCUCUCUUGUAUUUUGUGAUCAUCUGGCAACAGCCAGCUUAAUCCACUCUUGACAGGGGCCUUGUAAGAUUUCAAGCAGGUUGUCUUACACCUGAAGCCAAGGAAGUGAGAGCACAGCCUAGCAGUGGGAAGGAAAACCUCAGGCAACCAUGCUAAAAGCUGCUUAAGAACACAAGAAGCCCUCAAUGAACUGUCAGCCUUGCCAGUGCUAUGCCACGAUGCCAUUGCCUCUUGCCUCGUGGGGAAGGUCCUCCCUUCAUGGAUUCUAGCUUACUCAGAGGAGGAGAGGCUGCUUUUUUGCAGUGCCCUCCUCAGGGCAGGCAGCCUCGUGUCAGGUCCCCCCCAAAACUGCCUCCUCCCCGGGCUAAACAAGCCCAGCUCCAUCAGCCUUUCUCAUCAGGGGUGUGCCAAGAACAUGCAGAAUAUCAAUGGAAAUGUACUGUCAUGCACUUGAACACUCACUGAGGAUGGAAAAGGUGGGAUACUAACUUCUCUACUGGUAUGCUGGAGAGUAAUGCUAUGUUAAGUUCAGUGGGUUGUUUGGUUUUGGGUUUGGUUUUUUUUUUCAACACCAGUAACAAACAGUGGCAAGAACUGACUUACCAUUUAAGAUUUAAGUCCCAGACCUUUGAGCCUUUCAGUGUAAACACUGGGUUUUUUUAUUUUUAUUUUUUAAACUUGACAGCCAAGUAAGUUUCAAGUGCACUAAUUACUACUACUGAAGCCUGACAAGGAACCUGCAAGUAUAAAAGCCUGUUUCCAGUGUUAUGUGAACAACAAUAUU